CUCUCUGGAUAACCAAUCACUCUCACUCACUGCCUCUCUCCCCACAUGUUAUUUGCAAUGCACCAUAUUUCUUUCUUGCUUCCCGCUGACUUCUUUUUCUUUCUUGCCAUCUUCUUCUUCUUCUGUCCCGUCUUUCAUAAUAUAUUCCCUUCGUUUUGUCCAGUUCUGCCAAGAAAAAUUGAUAUGCUUCGCAGCCAACACUCUUUCCCUUGUUUCCAUUGCCACCCUCAUAGCUACAUUCGCAUGGUCCAACAUCUUAUAGAAAGGUGUUUGCUUCUUCGUAUGACCCGAGAUCAAUGCAUCAAGGCUCUUGCAGAACAUGCCAAUGUCAGACCCAUCGUUACACUGACCAUGUGGAGAGAACUAAUAAAGGAGAACAGCGGCUUCUUCCAAGCAUAUUUCCAAGUUACUUCUCCCAGGCCUUUCAUGGGGAGACAGAUCCAAAAGAAUCCAAGGUUUUCAAGAAGGAAACCAUGGAGGUGAAUAAGAAUCAUAAAUUAAUCCCAUUGAAAAAGAAAGUAACAGAGAGUUUAGCAGUGGUGUCAACCAUUGAAUAUUGAAAGUUUUAGCUUCUUUCUAUAUAUAUACACUUUAUGUACGAUCUUCACUAAUGUCAUCAAGCAAAAAACAAAUUUAUGAUCUUCAAUGUCAAAGGCAGAUGAACCUUUUUAAAAACA